AUGCGCUGUCUCUCGUGCACCCACACCCUGUCGCUGGUGCUUUUGUGUGCGGAGACAGGGGGUUUUAUUUCAAGUUUUGAUGAUGUGGAGUUGCUGGAGUGUAUCAGGAAGUUGGUGGAGCUUGAUCAGGACUGGGUCCCACAGUCAGACUCUGCCAGUCUGUACAUCCGGCCCACUUUCGUUGGAACAGAGCCUACACUUGGAGUAAAGAAGCCGUCCCGUGCACUCCUGUUUGUUAUUCUCAGCCCUGUUGGCUCAUACUUCAGUACUGGAGUCAAACCAACGUCUUUGUGGGCAGAUUCAAAAUUCAUCAGAGCCUGGAAAGGAGGAACGGGUGACUGCAAAAUGGGCGGGAACUAUGGGGCGUCUAUCUACCCCCAGUACGAGGCAGUGGGGUACGGCUGUCAGCAGGUUCUGUGGCUGUAUGGGGACGAUCAUCAGAUCACUGAGGCCGGAACCAUGAACAUUUUCCUCCACUGGAUCAAUGAGAAUGGGGAGGAGGAGCUGGCAACACCACCUCUAGAUGGAAUUAUCCUGCCCGGCAUUACACGCCAAAGCAUUCUGGAACUUGCUCGCGAAUGGGGUGAGUUUAAUGUGUCAGAGCGGUAUCUGACCAUGGCUGACCUGCGGCGGGCUCUGGAGGAAAGUCGGGUCAAGGAGAUGUUUGGUUCUGGAACAGCUUGUAUUGUUAGUCCAGUUGGCAGGAUUCUGUAUCAGGGAGAGAAUCUUCCUAUUCCAUGUAAGGAAAACUUACCUCCUCUUGCCUGCAGACUAAUGAAGGAGCUCACAGAUAUUCAGUAUGGCCGGACUCCCAGCGAUUGGUCUUUCAUUGUAUAAAGAAACCUUCCUGUUGUUGACACACCUGGGGUUGUGGUCACACACACACGCUCCUCAACAUAUGUUACCAAACACGCACAUUCCACUAAAAGGCUAAGACUAUAUGGAAUAAUUUCCUUGUAAUGUUGCAAUUUUUUGUUUGUAAAAAGUUUACCAGCGGAAACAAAAGCUAAUCUAGUAAUAAUACGUCAGUGUUUGGGCUGAUUUACUUAGAUCAGUGUCUUCUUGAUCGCCAUUGUUACAGUAGAUUUUAUUUAUAUCACCUGUAACUGGUAGCCAAGUGUAUAGCAAUUAUUCCAUCAGAAACUUUAUCACCAGCUAUUUUCCUUGUUGUUAUCUUGCUCCACUGUAUAUUUAGAUUGUAUUUUAAGUGGACCUGUUCUUGAUCACUUGAUGUUGUUGAUAAUAUGCAAUUAACUAUAUUGCACUCGUUUAAACUACUGAACGAUCGUUAUCUUUGAGAUCUUUUUAGAUAUUUAAAAGUAGUGCGUUUUUUGAUAGAUCUAGAGUAUUUUUCCAAGACAUGAAAUGUAUAAUCAUAGCUAAUAACAGGAUAACACAGCAAAGCUCCAUUAAUGUUACAAGCACAAGUGAUUUUGCAUUUGAUGUGAAAGGGAACGUAUAAUGAACAUCAUGUUUGGUGGUAGAUGUUUUUGUCAUCCAGCUCUUCAUACCACACUCUUAAAAAAUGUUGCUCUUUUAAUGCUAUAUAGCACCCGUGUCAUUCCUGGAAUGUAAAUUAAGCAGUUAAAAAGCACAAAUAUGAUUCAAUUAUGCACACAAAGUGGAGAACAUAUGUUUUAUAAAUUGCAGAGUAUUUUAGUGAAAUGAGCUUUUGUGGUGUAAUACCCGAAAUAAAUAAAAAAUAAUGUAUGUAUCAUA